GGGUUUCGGCGGUUUUCUCUUUCGCUUGCAGCCCGCCCGAUCCGAGCCAUGGAUCCUGGCAACGUUGAACGGUGAGGCCUAUGCCUCACUUGGGGGAUUCCAGCUAUGGUGACAGGUUUUUGACACUGGCUGAGUAUGAUGCCCGAGUGGGGCCUCGGGUUGCGGCCUUGCUUGGAACUCGCCUGGAAGCUAAGACGCUUCUGCUUGCAGGCCAAGCGCCGGCCUUCCGCCAGCGAGGUCCUCGUUUUGGUGAUGGCCAGCCACUCCUUGCAAGAUAGGGUUGCACUGUUGGAACACACCUGGGCAGACGUGCAGAUGCAGCGAAUUUACUUGGUGGAUGAUUGGCUGAACACAGCUCCACGAGAGAGGCAAUGGCGGCCGGCUGUGGCGUUGCAGUCGCCGGGCAGCUUUGGUGUGGAGAGCAAUUAUUGGGAUGCGCAAAGCCGGCAGCUGGACUUCAUGCGCAGCCACCCAAGCGUGGAAAGCUUGGCCUCCCCUGUCCAGCCCAAUUGGAUCAUGCUGGCAGAUGACGACACCUUUGUCCACGUGGAUGCCCUUUUGGACUUUGUGGGGAACUACGACCCACAUGUCCCUGCACUUUUUGGCUAUGUUCUGAGUGAUGCUCAUGUCCUUGGCUACGAUUACCCUUGUGGUGGUGCAGGCAUGCUAUUGUCCGCAGGAGCGUACGACAUUUUGGCGCCUCGACUUUUGUCGGAGUGCCCGUUGCUCGCUUUCAAUGACUUGACCCUUGGCUUUUGUUCGCAUUCGCAGGGCAUACCGUUGGUCCACCAUCCUGGCAUGCAUUGUGCGCCAGACGUAAAUCGUGCCAUGCGCCCGGGAGAGAAUCUCAUGGACAUUCAAAAGGGCAUUGCAGUUCAUCGUCUCAUUGGCUUUCAGAGCUUCAAGGAGCUCGUCGGAACCCUUGACAUGCUGAAGGGUCAGCUUCGAGCCCUGUUGCAGCACCGGUGCCUGCUGGCCGCGCGCUCAGGGAGUGAUGACGAUCCGCUGGACUCGCGACGCUUCUUUUGGUCUGUGCCAGCCUUCGCGGAUGCCGUGGACGCAUGCCGGCAGCACUCGCCCAGGGCGGCUCAUGCGGUGUCGCUGCAUUUGGAGUUCCUUCUGCUGGGCGGCGUGCCGGUGGCUGGGUACCACCGGGACCGGCACGUGCCCCUGCUCGCAGCUCCCGCGUCGCGGCGGACACGGUGGCCCGAGUGGCUGGAGCAGCUGCGGCACCUGGACUGCAGUGGGAAGCCUCUCGCUUGGCGGGCGACCUGGGGCUCAGCACCACAGCUGUCCCCGCUGCAGGUGGAGGCUUCAGGCCCAUCUUUGGCGGCCAAUGCGCAGGUGGAGGCCAUACCAGUCGCGAAGCGACCCUCAUGGCUCGCCCAAGUGAAAGACGCAGCCAGGGCCUUGCCGAAAUCGGCGCCGGGCCACCAAUGGAUUUUUGUGGACUUCUCGCCUUCUUCCACUUUCCUCAACGUCUUUGAGUCGGUUCGCGUGCUGCGCUCCCUGUCAAGCCUACAUCAUCCAGGUGGCAGUGAUAAAACCAACCCUUAUCUCCAGGACGUGCGAGGGCCCGUGGAUUUGGGCGCUGAGGCUCCACCGCCUCUGGCCGUGGCCUAUGAAUAUUUCGACCUCAACGUGGAGCAAGCGGCGGGGCUGUGGAUCAACGGAGUGGCUGCCCGGAGACUCCUUCGAUGUCAGCCGUUGCGGCACCCCAUCCAUUUGGACCCAGAGGCCCAUGCCAACGACUGGCCUACGGCAGAGGAGCGGAUUGCCUUGAUGUGGCACAACGCCAUUGCAGUGGACGUCUUCCGAACCCUGCGCUUUUGCGGUGUCAUACCUUUGCACUCAGCUUCCAUGGUUCCCCAUGCAUUGUCCUACCUGCCGUAUUCAACAUACCGCAGAUCACAUUCUCCGUCGGUGGCUACAGCAAUGUCCAUUGGCAAUGUGGAAUCCCGUGAGCAGAUGCGGGGCUUGUCGCAGUUGGUGACCCGCCGCGCUUGCGCCAAGCCGCAGCCCUCCAGGUGGAAGUUGCCCGUGCAGAUGCGGAUCCUGGGAGGCGCAAACCUCAGCAGCUGGAGCUUGCCAGGCGGACGCUUUUUGGGCCAGUCCCUUGUUGCCUUUCGCUCGGAGCACUUCUUGCCAGAUGCACAAGCCGCAGGUCUUGCCAAUACGCCCUCAAACGAUCCGCGGGUGAUGUG